AUGGCAGCUCUAGAAAACCAUUACCAAACCAAACAAAACAACAAUAAUCCGGCCACCACUCGCUUAAAGCUUUUUGGGUUUGACGUUCAAGAAGAUCUUGAUCAAGACGAUUCCACCCCCACCUCCUCCGACUCAGGCGCCGCCGUUCCAUCCUCCGGCGACCGCAAAUACGAGUGUCAGUACUGCUAUAGAGAGUUUGCCAAUUCCCAAGCUCUCGGCGGCCACCAAAAUGCCCACAAGAAAGAGCGUCAACAGCUCAAACGCGCCCAGUUACAAGCUUCCCGAAACGCCGCCGUUUUUAGAAACCCCAUCGUUGCUGCCUUUGCUCCUCCGCCUCACCUCCUUCCCUCCGCCGCCGUUACGGCUUCCUCUUCUUGGCCGGUUUAUAUCCCACGGGCUCCACCUCAAUUUCAAGUGUCUCAUGGUUGUGUGUUUACUCCGUCCUCGUCUUACGGCGGCGGCGGCGACGCUCCACCACCACCGUCGCCGCCGGAUUUCUUUACGAUGGGGUCUCGGUCAAGUCAUGGGAUGGUGGAUGCUCCGAUGUCGCUGAGUCGGUUUUCUAAAGUGGACGGUGGAACCGCGUUCGACGAUGGACCCGGUUUGGAUUUGCAUCUUAGCCUCGCUCCGGCCGCCCCAUGA